CUGUAACCGAACAAAGACGGACGUAAUGCGCCACGCUGUGACACGAAGAAGGAGUUUGUGUUCUCAUUCGGUAAAAAAUGGCUCAAGGCUCUAAGAAAUUUAAGGCUCAGCGUCCUGGAGGGUCCAAGAAACACCAACAAAACAAACAAAAAGGACCGAAGAAAGGAGGGAGGAUUAUUGCACCUAAGAAGGCUCAAGUAGUUCAACAACAGAAGCUAAAGAAGGGCCUGGAGGUUGCCAUCAGGAACAAGAUUGAGCAGGAAGUGACCCAGAAGGCCAGCUCCUCCCUCCACAAGCCCCUGGCUUUGGUUAAAGGUGCUGAGGGGAAAGCAAAGCCCGCCGCUGCCCGCCCUGGAACCAGCUCCAAAUAGGAACUACCAUUGCCCGGGCCCCGGGUUUCAUCAAGUUAUGGACUUUAAUGGAACCUCUGCUGGGGCUGGAGAGAAUUUAUUCAAGCACAGAGUUUACUGUUUUAUGUUCAGCGAGGUUGUAUCCCCGUUCAGUCACUUUACUGUUUGUACAGUAAAAAAAAAGGAGAUAUAAAUGUUUUGUGUUUCUGUUUUCCAUAACAGAAGUGUUUACAGAAACGAACAUGCACACGUACCUGAAACUAAAAUAAAACUAAAAUAAAAACAAUCAGAAUAAAGAAAAAUGAUCUCUGAUGGUAAAUGAGCGAUAUGGCUGAAAAACUGUAACACCAUAUAUGGGAUUCUUAUCAGUUCAUGUCGAUAAUUAUUGAUUAGCAGUAUUUCAUACAUUAAAAACAAAAAGCUAAACCGA